AUCCAAAUGGAGCUUGUGUUUAAUUCACAUAAACACCUUACCUUCAUGGCUUGAAUUGUUGAUAAUGAUAAUCAUCAAUAAAUACAUGCAAGACACAGACCGAUGUUAGUUGUGGCUGCCAUCACAGUGCAGUUUUUCCCCUCUAGGCACUUAAAGUACAAUGAUUGUGCGACAACUCACCUGUAGGGGCCUCAUAUAUCCACAGAUGUGUGCCCACCUGAAGAAACAGCGGGGUGGUAAACAAAUGGCCCGGCCCAGUUCAGAUUUGGCAGCAUUCAGGAAGAUUUUCGCCCAAGCCCAGAACAUAGCCAUCAUCACUGGUGCAGGAGUGAGUGCUGAGAGUGGAGUCCCCACCUUCAGAGGAGCUGGGGGCUACUGGAGAAAAUGGCAAGCACAGGAACUCGCCACCCCAGAGGCCUUCGCCAGGAAUCCCUCACGUGUCUGGGAGUUUUACCACUACCGCCGCGAGGUCAUGCUCACCAAAAACCCGAACCCUGCUCACCUGGCUAUUGCAGAGUGUGAGGAGCGACUCACCAAACAGGGGCGUAACGUCACCGUCGUCACUCAGAACAUCGACGAACUCCACCGCCGAGCCGGUUCCAAGAACAUGCUGGAAAUCCACGGAAGUCUGUUUAGGACGCGCUGCAUGAGCUGCGGUGAUGAAGCCUCCAAUUAUAAGAGCCCCAUCUGUGCCGCUCUGAAGGACAAAGGAGCUCCGGACCCAAAAACACAAGAUGCCCAGAUCCCUGAGAAGGAGCUGCCAAGGUGUGAGCAGACAGGCUGUCACGGCCUCCUGAGACCAGCGGUGGUUUGGUUUGGAGAGACUCUGGAUUCAGACAUUCUCAACCAGGCUGAGAGAGUGCUGGAUAACUGCGACCUCUGCCUCGUGGUCGGCACGUCAUCCAUCGUGUAUCCAGCAGCCAUGUUCGCUCCUCAGGUGGCAGCCAGAGGCGUCCCUGUGGCUGAAUUCAACAUGGAAGACACACCGGCCACCAUGAGAUUCAAGUUCCACUUCCACGGCCCCUGUGGGACAACCUUACCCCCCGCGCUGACCCGCCACGAGACUGAACCAAAAUAAAAAAAACCAGUCCAGCUCUUCACAGACCAGACUGUCUAACACUGGAGGACUUUAAUUGGUACAAAUACCAAGAAUAAUGGUUUAAACAUAAUGAACAACGUGGCCACGAGGUUCAUGAAAAUUAAAAAGAGGCCGACGAACAAACUAUGAAAAAAGGAAACAGUUUGUUCGAACUGUUGCACAAAUAAAAUUCAUAAUGAUAUAAUCAAUAGUUAA